UACAGUCAGUCAGUCAGUUCGCUAUCAUGUGUUGAUAGGGAGUGAUCUUUGUUAGUGACGUCACAUAGUGGAGUGGUGCUUCUGAUUACCAGCUCCGUCAGCCGCUACACAUCACCAUGACAUCGGAGAUCCUCACAGACGGCGACUCGGGCCUAUUCAUAGCAUUUCCCCUGGAGUCGGACCGAACCAAUAUGUGGCAAGACAUCGAAAACUUCCUGCUGGCCCAACCCACGCCGCCCCAAGCGUCACCUGUGAGCAUCUGCGGGUCUGGCACUGUUCCGGUGGUGACGGCCGCGGCAGUGGCGGUCAAGGACGAGGCGAGGGUGCAGGAGGAGCUGCAGGGCUACCAAGCAGAAGAGUUCGUGGACCUGGACAUGUUGAUCAACAGUGCGGCAGAGCAGCACAGCCUACAGUAUAGUCUGCAGGAACGAACAGUCAAGGUGGAGGGCGAACAACAGAGUCUGCAGUACACCCUACAGCAGGAACGGUCCAACAAGAUGGAACAGCAAGUCGAGCAACAGAGCUUGCAGUACACACUGCAGCAGGACAGGACAGUCAAGUUGGAGUCUGAUCAGGAACUGAUUCUACAGCAAGACCAAGAACAGGUAUUCAGAAUCGAAGGACCUGUAACGUUCAACGCACUGAUGACGGUAUUCCCCAGCCAACAGAGCGAGUACAGCCACGGCCAGAUGUCCCCCCCAGCGUCCCCGGGUACCCUGCCGGACAACGACGCUCUGGCCAAGAACUUCCCCUCCGAGCUGGCCAGGCGGCUCACUUCAGGAACGACCGCGGUGGCAGUCGAGAACGUCGACCUCCUGUCGGCCCCCCUGGCCAAGGUGAUGACCCCGCCGUCCUCCCCCAGUCUGGGGGACAUCAGCCAGGACGGACUCGACAAGUCGUGCUCCAAGAGGGAACGGAGGUCGGUACCGCGCAAGAAACUCACCACUCACUCCUGUUACCAUCCCGGCUGCGGCAAGACCUACACCAAAUCCUCUCACCUGAAGGCACAUCUCCGCACACACACGGGCGAGAAGCCGUACCAGUGCGGCUGGAAGGGCUGUGGCUGGAAGUUCGCCCGCUCGGACGAGCUGACUCGCCACUACAGGAAACACACCGGGGACCGUCCCUUCCAGUGCAGACUCUGUGACAGGGCCUUCUCGCGCUCGGACCACCUCUCUCUCCACAUGAAGCGCCAUAUCAACAUCUGAGACUGAGGACAAUCGCAGCCACUGUCGGAGCCGGAGCCUAAGCGGCAGACCUCCAUGUUGUCCAGUUGCUUCCGUCCAUCACAGUACUUCAUACGUAACAAAAACUCAACUUUCCUGACACUUUAAGUUAAUUACUGUUUAAAGAGGUUUAAAUUCUUUACUAAAUUGACAAAAAACGAACAAAUCCCUUAUCGCCAAUAAAUCUCAAGCCAAAUUUAAUUAUUUUUACUAUGUAAAAAAUAAUGUAAUAAUAAUUAAAUUAUUAUAUGAUUAAA